UACGGCUACGGCCGGGCAACAGCCAUGUGCAUGAGGCCUGACUCUUCUGGGCCGCAUUGUAAACCAGUCACCUGAUUUUAGUAGUGAAGCGGGAUGUCCGAGUUCUGUGGAGUCUCCAUCAUAUAGAUUCUGGUAAAUGCUUCUGUCCUUCAUUGACUCGUUUCAGGUCAAAACGUGAGGCCCAUUAACAGGAAAGAGUACAUCCUGGACGUGUCUGCAGAGAUGGAGCAGAUUGACACCAACUACAUGUUUUGGUUCAGACGCGUCAUCUGGGCGCAACCACUCAAGUUUGAGAACGAGUUAUAUGUGACCAUGCACUACAACCAGGUGUUGCCGGAUUAUUUGAAGGGACUAUUUAAUGUCUUUUCUCAUGCUAAACCCACUGAGCAGCAGUUUCAGCAGAUCUCGAGACUGGCAGCUCUGCAGCAUCGUGCCAAGGACAGCGUCUACCUGCCUACUGCUCGGGAGGUGCAGGACUACAUCCCCAGUCAGUACUACAAGGUGGUAAAGCCUCAGUCUUGGCUGAACAUGGUGAUGCAGCAUAUGCAACAGAUCCAGCCCCUCAGCCCUCACCAGGGGAGGGCGCAGUUCUUAGGCCUGGUCAGUGCAUUCCCCAUGUUUGGCUCAUCCUUCUUCUACAUCCAGAGCUGCAGCAACAACAUGGUCAUCUCUCCGUGUAUCCUGGCCAUCAAUCAGAAUGGACUGAACUUCCUCAACAAAGAGACCCACGAGCUGAUGGUGACGUUCCCCAUGAAGGACAUCCAGAGCACUAGGACCCAGCGCCCUGCGCCAGGAUUCAGCUACCCUUAUGUUGACAUCAUGCUGGGCGAUAUGAUGUCACAGCGGGUAACACAACUGCAGCUGGAGCAGGGUUUGGAGUUGUGCAGGGUGGUCGCUGUUCACAUGGAAAACCUCCUUCUGAGUCGCGAUAAGCGGCUUACGCUCCCUCCCAGCGAGAUCACUCUGCUCUGAUGGCCGGAACGGUUUCACUCUGCACUUUAAAACGUGGAAGAUUUGUGUACGUGUAUGAACCUCACGCAUGGUGCUAGAUGUAAUCACAGCAAGGCUAUGAUCAGUAUAGGGGCACCCGCUAUGGGGCCCAUAGAUAGAAGGGCCCCAGUUCAGGUUGGUUCCAUGCCCUAUGGAUGAUUUUAUAGGCACCACCAUGUUAGGUUGUGAUCACUGGAGAUGAUGGGGAUCCCACCUUUAUUGAGUUCAAUGAUAAAAUUCUGUCUCCCUGCAGCCACCACUAGAGGGCGCUCACUACAUCCUGAUUAAAAAGGGUUUUCCCAGGAUUUUUUUAAAAAUCAUUAUCUGAUUGGUGGGGGUCCGACACCCAGGACCU